UACUUUUUGUUAAGUGUGUACGUCAGAUACGGCAGCCAUCGUCGUCGUAAUUUGAAAAUUCUGCAUUCGUCACUAAAUUAAAUCCUUAAGAAAAUCGGUCGGAGGCUUGCCAAAGAAAAAAUACUUGCGUAUUAAGCAUUUUAAGUGUUCACUUCAACAGGGAAUAGUACAAAUAAAUCUAGCCACUAGUGGGCGGAAGUGCACUGGAGCAUAGAUUAUUUUAUAGAAGUGUGAAUAUUCCAGAAAAUGACUCGUGGUAAUCAACGUGAACUAGCCCGGGAAAGGAAUAUGAAGAAGCAACAAACUGGAAAGGCAAAAACCAAGGAGGACGGGCUCACUCACGAGCAGCGCAAACAACGCGAUGCCGAUAUAAUGCGACAGAAGCAGCUGAAAAAGGAGCAGGCCCAGUCAGCUCAAUCCACUAAGAGUUAAUGUUAGCUCUCCUAAAACUAGGCCAGUUCGUUGACCACCGCCUGCUGGAAAACCGACAAAUCCCGCUUAAAUCGCACGUAUUUCCCCACACUCUAUUGAUCGCGCUUCACGGACGGAAGAAAAAAUUAAUCAACAAUGUAGCGAAAUGAUCAAUCUAUUGCCAUCGAAAAAAGCUAUCAGAAGAAAAUCCCAUACACAAUACAGACACAUUUUUAUAGUUUACUUGUACGAUGAUGGUGCGUUAUAAGUUUGAUUAUUAAUAAUAUUUUAAAUACGACAGAAAAGUGUUUCUGUUUACAUGAGGCAAAACAGUUAACCUAUUUCUCUAAGUUAUUUCUAAUCGCUAUUAACCAACAGAUUUUUUUUUGAAAAAUAGAUUGUAGUUAAACCAACACUUGAAAAGAAAAAUUUCGACAACGGUAUGAUUCGAAAUAUUGUAGUAGAACUGCCAUUUUUGCACAUUAUUAGUUCCUGCAUCGGCACAAGUUGCAACAACACAGUUCUCGCCAGGUAUUGAACAGCAAUGUAAUAACAAUUAUGGAUCAAAAUCGCAGGUAUUAAUAGAAGCAUGGAAGAAGAAUUAAUUUUUCAUAAAACAAACAGUUGAUUGUAAUGCAAUAGUAACAUUUUUUCUAUGAGGAUCAAAGGGCGCGGCUUACAAAGCUGAAUUGAACUAUCGUUUAAUAAGUUUUGCUUUAAUGAGUAAGAAAUCGUGCGCAACCGGUUGGGCCUGCGAGAGAAGUAAUACAAGUUAUGAAAAAUAAUAGAUUGAAAUCAACACAAAAAAAGUAUCAGAAUCGAAAAUUGUAUAAACUAUAAUGAUAAGCAUAAAAUCGAA